GAGCAAGCCCCCCGAAGGACGGACCACCAGCCACGCACACGAGGCCCAGCCCGGGGCGUCAGGGUGGGAAGAGGGAGAAGAUGGGAGUGGAGAAAAUGAGGGCAGAGGCGGGGGUGGGCGGUGCACCCAGACCAUCAGCAGCUCGCUCCCCAGAAGCAGUCACCCCAAGCCCCUCAGGGGUGAUCAUCCUGAGCACCCCAGGAUCCCAGCCUGGGACAUUCAGGGUCAUCUGAGAGAGGCAUCCGCUCCAGAUGCACGGAUCUAGCCAAAACCGACCCCAAGGCUCUGCCGGGCCUGACUGCUCCUGCCCUCCCACGCCACCCCACCCUUCCCUACAGCAAGGCCCAGAGCAGAGAGGACCCACUGCUGGCGGGAAGGGUGGUUCCCAUUCAAUACCGCCUGUUUGCCUGUCCUCAGGGGGCAUUUCUGGGAGCAGCUGCUGCUCUCAGAGGAGUCCAGGCCCACCUUCUCCCCCACCCCCAGACCUGCCCUGGGAGCCCAGUCAGGGCUACUGCAGGGCAGGCCCCCAGGAGGGGGCUCACAGCCAAGGGCAGAGACCCGGUCAGUUGUCCCCAGCAGAGCUGGCCAGAGAAGGUUCAGAUGAGAGCAGCAUGGGGGAGUGAAAAAUCUAGCCAGACUUUCCUGCCCCACCCACCUUUUCAGACGCCUGCCUGUGCAGACAUUGCAGAGUAUUUCCAGGGCUGCAUGGAGCAAGAGGAGGUCAGGGAGGGUUUCCCAGUCCUUUCCCUGGGGGCGAUCACCUAGGUCACUGCCGUGGUCAAGGCGGCCCUCCCGGCACCAUUGUCCCCGGGUUCCAGAAACAACCGUCCCUUCAUCCGAGGGCCCAUCACCCACUUAGGGUUCUUGACACGGCUCCAUGUGGGGAAAUCAUCCUCUUGUCAAACCCUUGCAGGCAGUCCUCACUUGAGUGUCUCCUGUUUGCUGCUGAGACCUAGAUGGUUGGGACCGUUGCCCUGGGUUUCCAGGGAUGCCCUGGGGUGCAGGAAAUCAGCCCAUCGCCCACCCCCACCCCCACCCCCAGCAGUCCUGGCUCAGGUGUGGAGGCUUGGGAGAGCCGAUGCAGUCCCCGUGGCCCCCUCCUACCUCGGCCCUCCAUCUGCUGCAGGGUUCUGAGUUCGAGUGGCUCAGGCCAGAGACCCAUUCCGCAGAGCAGUCCUCCUCUAUGACUUCAUGCACUGAAGUCGCCCGGGAGACAGUGCCGAACGUUCCAGCCCAGAGUCUUGGCCUCUAGGAGGCAGGGACGGGAGGCCCGGGCAGCCCAGAGGACUCUGUCCACAGUGUAGAUGAGGACGCGCUGGCCCAUGUCCCGCAGGGAUGUAGAGGGCAGCCUCAGGGGCACUGGGCGCUCCCGGCACCAUGGAUGACGCUGCCGUCCUCAAGCGACGAGGCUACAUCAUGGGGAUCAAUUUGGGAGAGGGCUCCUACGCCAAGGUCAAAUCCGCUUACUCUGAGCGCCUCAAGUUCAACGUGGCGGUCAAGAUCAUCGACCGCAAGAAAGCCCCCACGGACUUCCUGGAGAAAUUCCUUCCCCGGGAAAUUGAGAUUCUGGCCAUGCUAAACCACCGCUCCAUCAUCAAGACCUACGAGAUCUUCGAGACGUCAGAUGGCAAGGUCUACAUCGUCAUGGAGCUUGGGGUCCAGGGUGACCUCCUUGAGUUCAUCAAGACCCGGGGGGCCCUGCAGGAAGACGACGCUCGCAAGAAGUUCCACCAGCUGUCCUCGGCCGUCAAGUACUGCCACGACCUGGACGUCGUCCACCGAGACCUCAAGUGCGAGAACCUUCUCCUCGACAAGGACUUCAACAUCAAGCUGUCCGACUUCGGCUUCUCCAAGCGCUGCCUGCGGGACGACAGCGGCCGGCUGACACUGAGCAAGACCUUCUGCGGGUCGGCGGCGUACGCAGCCCCCGAGGUGCUGCAGGGCAUCCCCUACCAGCCCAAGGUGUACGACAUCUGGAGCCUGGGCGUGAUCCUCUACAUCAUGGUCUGCGGCUCCAUGCCGUACGACGACUCCGACGUCAAGAAGAUGCUGCGCAUCCAGAAGGAGCACCGCGUCAACUUCCCACGCUCCAAGCACCUGACGGGCGAGUGCAAGGACCUCAUCUACCGGAUGCUGCAGCCGGACGUCACCCGGCGCCUGCACAUCGACGAGAUCCUCAGCCACUGCUGGGUGCAGCCCAAGGCCCGGGGCCUGUCCUCCGCAGCCAUCAACAAGGAGGGCGAGAGCUCCCGGGCAGCCGAGCCCCCGUGGGCCUCAGAGCCCAGCUCCGACAAGAAGUCCACCACCAAGCUGGAGCCCCGGGAAGAGGCGCAGCCCGAACCCCGGGCCGAGCCAAGCCCUGAGGAGGAGGCGGCAAUGGUGCAGGUGUCCCAGCAGUCAGAGGCCGUGGGUCUGCCCGGCGAGCAGCCCAGCAAGACCGAGGAGGGGGCACCCCCGCAGCCUUCAGAGACGCAAGCCUAGCCCGCCUCUCGCGGCCCGGGCGGCCAGCAGGGAAUGAGCCCGAGCUUGAGAGAGGCCGCGGGACCAGCCGAGAAGGAAGACGGUCCCGGAUGCGCCGCUAUUUUCGUCAGUUUCUUCCCCUCCCUUUGAACUCGGUAACUCACGUGGCUAAAGAAGCAAUAAAUCACUAUAUUACUGCA